AUUACCCGAGGACUUUAUUGGCAUGCAUCUGGCCCCACUAGCGAGUGGAUCCAUUCCCAAUACAACCGGAGUUCCCCAAAAUUCUGCCGCGUCCUGAAUCACCCAAAGACUAACCCUGUGCUAAGGUGUAGGAAUACCUGUACUUGGACUCCUUCAGCUAUAUGCAUUCCGAUAUCCCCAUCAUGGUCCAUUCAACAGAAUUAUGACGGCUAUUCUCCUUCCAGUUGAGCUCAUCGAACAGAUUGUGGGCCACCUUGAAUAUGCAAGUGAUAUCAAUGCCCUCGCUCAGACUGAUGGAACCUUCUACCGCGUCGUGAAUCCCAUGCUCUAUCGACAUAACGUGUACCAUGACAACAGCACUGCAUUAUCCUGGGGAAUCAAGCACGGAUCCUUUGCGACCGUGCAGAGGUCUCUGGAGGCCGGUGCGUCGGCCAACGAGUGUGAUCCCCAAGUUCUCUGGCGACCCAUGCCGUUGGCGGUGAUAGAGGGCCAUGAAGCUAUUGUCCGGUAUCUCUACGAGCAAGGAGGAGUCGACAUCCGACACACCCAUGGCUGGCUCAAUCCCCGCCAUGAGGAUUAUCACAACGCCCCCGGAAGCCUGCUGUCACUGGCCGCCGUACAUGGUCAUGAAGCCCUGGUCCGCUUCUUCAUGGAUCACCUCCCGCGGCCAUAUCAUGUCGAUUACCCUGCCACUUCUGACGGACAAACACCCCUUAUGAAAGCUGCCGCAGAGGGCCAUCUCACCAUUGUGCAGCUUUUGGUCGAAGCUGGAGCAGACAUCCAUGCCAGGGAUCGCCAACAAAUGAUUCCCCUCGUGCUAUCUGCGCGCGGGGGCCACCUUGAGGUCAUGCAGUUCCUGCUUCAACGGGGAGCCGACCUCACCAUCACCACGUUACCGAACGGAUGCUCCGCCUUGUGUUGGGCAGCAAGUCUGGGUCACUUGGAGUGUGUCCGGUGUCUGCUUGAUGCGGGCGUGAUGGCAGAGUUGACCCGCUGUCAAGCCCCAGAUUCGUCGUCGUCCCAUAAUGCUACGAUCUGUCCCCUCGCAUCGAGUACACAAUGGGAGUGUGAUGACAUCGUCGAUCUUCUCUUCGAACGAUGGGAUUAUCUGGCUAGCACCGUUGAGCCUGCAGACAAGGCUGCGCUGCUGUGUGUAGCUUCGGCGCGCGGGAAUACGGCCCUGGUUCGGCAGCUUCUCGAGUCCCAUGGAUAUGAUCCAAGUUCCCGAUAUAUUUUGGGUCAAUCGUUUUCGUGGGAUCAUCUUCCGACUGCCCUUUGCUGGGCUGUGGUUCGGGGUCAUGCAGAAGUAGUCAAGGUGCUUCUCGCUCACGGUGCAGAAGCAUCUCCAUCGCCGGGACGAAUGCGUCUGCGGAAGCCCUUAAUCGAGGCCAUUCUCCAGGGCUCGGAAUCCAUUGUCUCCAUGUUACUUAGCGCCGGGGCAUAUUGCAAUGAUCAGGAUGAACAUAUUGGUGUGGCGGCAUUGAAACAUGCCAUUCCAUUCGAGGGCAUCUUUCGUCGCUUGCUCGCCACAGGGGCUGAUCCUACUGCUGUUCCCGGUCAGGGUAACACUUUAGUAGCCACCGUUCUGGCGUCUGGCUGUACGGCAGUAGUCCAGAUGCUGAUCGAUCAGGGACUUGAUCUGUCACGCCAUAUGGGUCGCGCCAAUUUCCUUCACCAAGCCAUCCGUGGGGGGGCGGCAGUUCUCAAUAUGCUUGUUCGGGAGGGGAAAUGGAAUAGCUACCUCUCCCCGGAACACCUGGACAGGACCGCGCGCGAGCAGGCCCUUGGAAUUGCGGCUUCGACGGGGCAGGUUGAGACACUGGAGUGGCUGCUAGACCGAGAUUUUCCGAUAAACCAGUCGUCAUCCACUGUCAACUUACUCGCUCAAGCAGCAUGUACAGAAGCAUCAGAUGCGCACGCCUCCAGGACCAUUGAUCUAUUGCUUCGGCACGGCCUGAACAUAAACCAAGUUAUUGGACGCGAGACAGCAUUGACACGCGUGGCAAUCCACUACAGAAUGCUUAUGGAUUGCGACACCGGCCGUGCCCGCAUGCGAAUGCUGCUCGAUCGUGGCGCCUAUCUCCUGCCACCGCGCAGCCUUCCACAGGCUACGCGAUAUAAUCCUUAUGGAUCCUCUAGCGUCACUGGCGUUGGUAGGAGCCCUUGUCUGGAUGAAAUGAUCUUCCAGGAGCUGGAGGUCCGGCGUGAGCCGUGGCUAGUGGUGGAGCGACUCUUCCGAUGCGCUGAGCGCUGUGCGCGCGAACGCCUAGAUUGGCAGUGGGUGAAGAUGGUGAGACAGUAUUCGUGGAGGGUGCGAUAUCCUGUACCUAAAUAAUUUGAUACUAGGACAAUAAAUUGGUGGC